UCGCCCUCCGGAACAAAGGAAAACUACCCAAGAAAUAAUGUCCGGAAACAAAUACUGCUUUGCCAUCGACCGCGGCGGCACCUUCACCGAUGUCCUGUGCAUUUGUCCCGGCGGCAAGGUCCGCACCAUGAAACUUCUCUCCGAGGAUCCAGGACGCUACAGCGAUGCUCCUCGCGAAGGCAUACGCCGCAUUCUUAAGGAGGAGACUGGUGAGGAUCUGGCGGCCAGUGGCCUGGUGGACACCUCAAAGAUUGGUUGGGUGCGCAUGGGCACAACAGUGGCCACCAACGCUCUGCUGGAACGAAAGGGAGAUCCGGUGGUAUUGGUAGUCAACAGUGGCUUCCGAGACCUCCUCUACAUUGGCAACCAGGCGCGUCCCAAAAUCUUUGAUCUGAACAUCCGAAAGCCGGCGAAUCUCUACCAGUCGGUGGUGGAAGUGGAUUGCCGUAUUGUUCCAGAGCAGAAGGAACGCUGUCAACUGGAUCAAAGCUGGAAGCUUCUAGAGGGAGUGGCCGGCACCAAGUAUUUGGAGGUGCGUCCCGUGGAUGAGACAGCGGUACGUGCUUCCCUUGCAGCUGCCCGGGAGCAGGGUGUCUCCUCCGUGGCCGUGGUCUUGGCCCACAGCUAUGCCUGUCCGGAGCAUGAGCUCCGGGUGGGCGCCAUUGCCCGGGAACUGGGCUUCAGCCAUGUGACACUCUCCCACCAGGCCAUGCCCAUGUGCCGGGUGGUGGCCCGCGGAUACACCGGCUGUGCUGAGGCCUACCUGACUCCCCAUGUGGAUCGGUACCUGGCCAGUUUUAAAUCCGGUUUCGAUAAGCAACUAGAAGGAGUGGAUGUUCUGUUCAUGCAGUCGGAUGGAGGCCUCACCAACAUGGAGAACUUCAGGGGAGCCCGUGCCAUCCUUUCGGGCCCAGCUGGGGGCGUAGUGGGCUACGCUCUAACCGGAGCUCGGGAAACGAAGCUACCCCUCAUCGGUUUCGAUAUGGGUGGUACUUCCACGGAUGUUUCUCGGUAUGCAGGAAGCUAUGAGCAUGUCAUUGAGAGCACCACCGCUGGAGUGACCAUUCAAGCUCCUCAGCUGGACAUCAAUACCGUGGCAGCUGGUGGUGGAUCACGGCUUUUCUUCCGUUCUGGAAUAUUCGUGGUCGGUCCGGAGUCGGCGGGCUCUCAUCCAGGUCCCGCCUGCUAUAAGAAAGGAGGUCCUCUAACAGUCACAGACGCCAAUCUUAUACUCGGUCGUAUCCUGCCUCAGUAUUUCCCCAAGAUCUUUGGGCCAAAGGAGAACGAGCCCCUGGAUCAUGAGAUUGCGAAGAGCAAGUUCGUCGAGUUGCAGAAGGAGAUCAACGACCACUUGAAAGCCUCUGGAGAUGGACGAGUUUUGAGCAUUGAGGAGGUGGCACUGGGCUUUGUCCGAGUGGCUAACGAAACCAUGUGCCGGCCUAUUCGGGCUCUAACCCAGUCCAGAGGCUUAGACACUGCAAACCAUGUGCUUUCCUGCUUUGGAGGUGCCGGUGGGCAGCAUGCCUGUGCCAUUGCCCGCAAUUUGGGAAUUGCUAAGGUUGUUAUUCAUAAGUACGCUGGCAUUCUCUCCGCCUAUGGAAUGGCUCUGGCCGAUGUGGUUCAGGAGCUGCAGGAACCCAGUGGUCUGGAGUUCAGUGAUUCAAAUGGCCAGCAACUGAUGGAGCGUUUGGAUGCUCUCUCGCAACAAUGUCAUGCCAAGUUGGCCGAUCAGGGAUUCCGUAACAUUGAGCUGGAGCCUUUCCUUCACCUCCGUUAUGAGGGUACGGAUGGAGCUCUGAUGUGUGCUCCCUCAGGCGGAAAGCAAUCCUCAUCCGCUUCGUCUGCUCUUUUGUCUGCCUAUGGAGAUUUCCAUGCCACUUUCCUGGAGCGAUACCGGACUGAGUUCGGAUUUGUUUUACAAAACAGACGAAUCAUUGUGGAUGACAUUCGUAUACGAGGAUUAGGCAAGAAUGACACCCCUCCAGAGGCACGGGUGCAGAGUGCCCCGGAUUCCUCAAAGCCAGCUGAAGAAGGAACUACUCACAUCCACUUCGACGAAGGAAGCUUCAAUGCUCCCAUAUAUCUGACCAAGAACUUGCUGGCUGGACACAAGAUAGCCGGACCAGCAGUGUUGAUUGAUCAACUUUCCACUAUUGUUGUGGAGCCAGAGUGCGGUGUCGAAGUAACUCCAUUUGGAGAUCUCAUCAUGGAUGUCAAAACUGGAGGAAAGCAUGGCAUUAAUGCAGAGCUAGAUCCUGUGCACUUGAGCAUCUUUAGCCAUCGUUUUAUGAGCAUUGCGGAGCAGAUGGGCCGUGUCCUGCAAAGGACUUCCAUCUCAACUAAUAUUAAAGAGCGGUUGGACUUCUCCUGCGCUCUCUUCGGCCCGGAUGGCGGUUUGGUAAGCAAUGCUCCUCACAUUCCUGUUCAUCUGGGAGCCAUGCAGGAAACUGUUCAGUAUCAGUUGAAAGUGCGCGGAGACUCCUUGAAGAAUGGAGAUGUUAUUCUGGCCAAUCAUCCUUCGGCUGGUGGUUCUCACCUGCCUGACUUGACUGUCAUUACUCCAGUCUUUUAUGAAAACAACCCACGCCCUGUCUUCUUUGUGGCCUCUCGCGGUCACCAUGCUGAUAUUGGUGGCAUUACUCCUGGGUCCAUGCCACCACACUCUACAUCCCUGGCUCAAGAGGGAGCCGCUUUCAAGUCCUUUCUUAUCGUAGAGAAUGGACUGUUCCAAGAGAAGCAAAUCAUAGAGCGCCUGACCACACCCACUGAUGCCAAGGGAGCCGUCGGUACCAGGAACUUAAGCGACAAUCUUUCCGAUCUGAAGGCCCAGAUAGCUGCCAAUCAUAAGGGAAUCCAGCUGGUGGCAGAACUGAUCGACAGCUAUGGAUUAGAUGUGGUUCAGGCUUAUAUGUCGCACAUCCAGAAGAAUGCUGAGUUGGCGGUGCGGGACAUGCUGCGUCAGAUUGGUCGGGACACCCAGGAACGCACUGGAUCGACUGUGUUGGAAGCCCAAGAGUUCAUGGAUGACGGAUCACCCAUUACCCUGAAGGUUACUAUCGAUGCGGAGCAAGGUUCGGCACUAUGCGACUUUACAGGUUCCGGAGUGGAAGUUUGGGGCAAUUGUAAUGCCCCCAGGGCCAUUACUUUAUCGGCCUUAAUAUACUGCCUGCGAUGCAUGGUGGGUCAUGAUGUGCCUCUUAAUCAGGGUUGCCUGGCGCCCAUUCAAGUUAUCAUUCCCAAGAACUCUAUCCUGGAUCCCUCCGAGGGGGCUGCCGUUGUUGGGGGGAAUGUCCAGACCUCCCAGCGCAUUGUCGACACAGUGCUGAAGGCAUUUGGAGUGUGUGCCGCCUCCCAAGGAUGCAUGAACAAUAUUACUAUUGGAGAUGACACCUGGGGCUACUAUGAGACGGUGGCCGGAGGAGCAGGUGCUGGUCCCGGCUGGCACGGAGCUGGUGGGGUUCAUACCCAUAUGACCAACACUCGCAUUACCGAUCCGGAGAUCCUCGAGCUUCGCUAUCCCAUGAUCCUGAAACGAUUCUGUCUGCGAACCGACGAAUCUGGAGGCCGGGGACAGUUCAACGGUGGCGAGGGCGUGGAGCGUGAUCUGCUAUUCCGAAAACCAGUGACUCUCUCCGUCCUAACGGAGCGGCGAACCCUUCAACCAUAUGGGUUAGCCGGAGGGCAGCCUGGAAAAAGUGGACGCAACCUGAUUGUGAAACGGGAUGGCCGGGUUAUUGCCUUGGCUGGAAAAACAUGCAUUGAUGUCGAUGCUGGGGACACUUUUGCUAUGAAAACUCCCGGCGGCGGUGGAUUUGGAUCAAGCAGCGAAUCUAAGGGUUCUGAUGGUCUUAACCAGGAUAGUACCAAGAGAUUUGUUGAGCGUGGAACUGUUUUCAACUAUUUGCAGGCCCAAGAAUCCGCUUAGAUUCCAGUUUUUUCAUAUAUGUUUCUUUUUGUGCCAUAUUAUUUGCAGUAUAUUUCUGUUUUUUGUUAAAGUCCUCUAAAAGGGAAUAUUUUAUGAAAUAA